GGCUGUGUUAAGUACAAUAUACAGUUGAAUGUAAGCUUUAUGAUUAUGUAAAUUCUGGUAAGACUCCCAUACCUCAACUCUAUGUGUAAUUCACUAAGUAGAUGCGGAGAUAAAGUACAGUGUAGUACAGUUUCUACACUGAUGUCAUUCGAUUACCAUUACUGAUAGAGGGAACAGAAGGACAGCACCUGGCAACAGGGGAUUGUUGCUGAACUUUAUUAUCAAGAGAGACUCUUGAGGGACCAUGUUGACGAUUUUAGUCGCCGGAUCAAUCUUUUUUCCUGGCCUUUUCCUGCUUUCGAAAAGAUGUCUCAAACACAUGCCAGGACUGAGAUGGAGUGAAGGAGAUGCAGUUAUUGUCUCAGCCAGAUUGGUGUCAUCCAUUCAGGCAGUUAUGGCCUCUUCAGCAGGUUACAUCAUUGCAGCUUCAUGUGACGACAUCAUAGAGGACCAACACUGGCUGACCAGCUCCUACAUCCUCUUUGCUGUGCCAUACUUCGUCUAUGACAUCUAUGCCAUGUUCAUGUGCUAUUGGUACAAGCUUCGAGUCAAGGGCCAUGAGGUUGAUUGUGGCCCCAAGCCUCUGAGUUCAGCACUUUCCAGCUACCUGCGCCGGGAAUUCCUCAUGGUUCUGCACCAUGUCGUCAUGGUCACUGUCUGCUUCCCUGUUUCCGUGUUUUGGCGUCAGGGAAAGGGGGAUUAUUUUCAAGGUGUCAUGUUCCUGGCUGAACUCAGCACUCCGUCUGUCUGUCUUGGAAAAAUUCUCAUUCAGUACAAGCAGCAGCACACUCUACUGCACAAAGUGAAUGGUGGUCUUAUGCUGGUCACCUUUUUCGUCUGUCGAGUCCUUCUCUUCCCGUACCUCUACUAUGCCUAUAGCAGGUAUGCCUCUAUCCCAUUCUACAUGGUCCCUCUGUCUGUGCCCUGGCAGUGUAACCUCGGGGCAGCCCUGCUCAUGGCACCCCAGCUCUACUGGUUCUCCCUCAUCUGCCGGGGGGCCUUCCGCCUCUUUACCGGCUCAUCCAGGUCCCGCCACUUGCCCCCAAGUACCAAGACUGACUCAGAAAGCAAAGCCCUCGAGCCCCCGCCCGCCAACGGAUACAGCGCCCGGGAGACAGAGAGAGAGACCGACACACACUGAGGAAAGGUGGAGGUGAAAAAGGGAAAGAGAGGGAGAUCAGUAAAGACUGUUGGGGAAGGACUUCAAAGAAAGCGAGCGGCAUGCAUUUUACUGUAUUUUACGACACAAAAAAAAAAAAAAAACUGGAGCCUGUACUAAAAUGGAGCAAGAAGGGCUUUAAUGCUGACAACAAACUGUACCAUGCACUCUACUGUACACUAUGAAGGCUAUUGCAAUUGAAGAAGAGAUGGAUAAACCAAAACAGACACCACUCACUGUCCAUCGCGACCUGUUAUAAGUCAUUGCAUUAGAGUAUAUUCAGCUGGGAAGAGAGCAUUUUUUUCUGGACGUCAGAGGAGAGAAAAAGACUGAGGCAAGAGAAUCAACUUGUCUAAGCGCACUGCCCUUACGGAUAAAAGAAGAAAUGAGGGAAAGACGGGCAUGGAGAAGAAUGGCCAUGUGUUAAAAUGCUAAUGUCAUCCUGAACUGAGUUUCUCACACUAACAGGUGAGUAGCCACAGGACGUCACUCCUAAUACCCAGAGAAUGAGACUAAUGGGAUGCUGGUGUGAAAGCAUGUUAGCAAACAGAUUGUACUCUUCUAGUAUGAAUAAUAAUAUGAAAUCCUGGUAGAGUAGAAGGAGCUGCAGGGUUUAGGAAUGUAUUGUACUGUAUAGCUUAGUAAAUUAAUGUAGAUGACCUGUUCAGCUUAAAAAGAAAGAAAAAAAAAACUGUUUCAGCCUGUUCAUGCUAACUGUAUCCUGUAUUGUCACUGUCGCUCAAACAAUAUUGAUGGCUAAGACAGUUGUUUGCUUCAGGAAAGCAAAAUCUCCUCAUCGGAACACAACUGCCUCAUCCCGGCUGUUACUCUCCUCAUUCUGUUUUUCCUGUUUUACAUCA